CCGGCUCGGGGCGUGCCCGGAAGACGGCGGCAGCGCCGGGCCCGGUGCCUGGCGGCCUCCAGCCUCGCUGCUUCUCCUCCUCCGCUGCUUUCCCUGCCGGCCUUCAGCCUCCGCUGCCUCUCCGCCAUGGCCAGCGGCGCCUCGGCCGCCGACUGCCUGCGGGAGUGGGAAGAGCUGCAGGAGGGCUACCAGCGCAUCCAGGAUAAUCACAAGCUGUACAAGCAGAAGCUGGAGGAGCUAACCAAGCUGCAGGACGGGAUCUCCAGCUCCAUCGCACGGCAGAAGAAGCGGCUGAAGGAGCUGUCCUUGUCCCUCAAAAAAUGCAAGGCCCACGCGAGUCCCGAGCAGCAGGAGUCCAUCCAGGAGACCCAGAGCCUCAUCAAAGAGCGGCAGAACGUCUUCUUCGAGAUGGAGGCCUAUCUGCCAAAGAAGAACGGGUUGUACCUGAGUCUGGUGCUCGGGAACGUCAACGUCACGCUGCUCAGCAAGCAGGCUAAGUUUGCCUACAAAGACGAGUACGAGAAGUUCAAGCUCUACCUCACCAUCAUCUUGCUCAUCGUGUCCUUCUCCUGUCGGUUCCUCCUCAACUCCAGGGUGACAGACGCCGUCUUCAACUUCCUCCUGGUGUGGUACUACUGCACCCUCACCAUCCGGGAGAGCAUCCUGAUCAACAACGGAUCCAAAAUCAAGGGCUGGUGGGUGUUCCACCACUACGUCUCCACGUUCCUGUCGGGCGUCAUGCUGACUUGGCCAGACGGGCUGAUGUACCAGAUGUUCAGGAACCAGUUCCUCUCCUUCUCCAUGUACCAGAGCUUUGUGCAGUUCCUCCAGUACUACUACCAGAGCGGGUGCUUGUACCGGCUCCGAGCGCUGGGCGAGAGGCACAACAUGGAUCUCACUGUGGAGGGCUUCCAGUCCUGGAUGUGGCGAGGCCUCACGUUCCUGCUCCCCUUCCUCUUCUUCGGGCAGUUCUGGCAGCUGUACAACGCCGUCACGCUCUUCAGGAUGCUCCAGCACCCGGAGUGCAAGGAGUGGCAGGUCCUCAUGUGCGGCCUCCCCUUCUUCAUCCUCUUCCUGGGGAACUUCUUCACCACCCUCCGCGUCGUCCACCAGAAGUUUCAGAACCAGAACAAAGACACCAAGCGGGACUGAAGCGGGGCGCAGCGGGGGCCAGGACUGUUUGUUUCUCCCCGCUGGCUCCGUCCUCCGUUCCCAGCUCCUCACCUCGAUGCCGUCCGGACGUGGGUGUCUCUCCCCGUUCCGUGGGACAGAGCUCGGGGGCUGCUCGUGAAUAGAAGCGUUGGCUGCGGUGCUGGAGCUGUGCCCGUGUCGCUCACCUGGCAGCAGGAGCACCCUGCACCUCUGUCCUGCCUGCCUUCCUCCCCCGGGAGGAGCAGGGGGGCUCAGGACAGCCGCUUCCCUCCUCUCUGCCCUGAAGACAGUCUCGGGGAUGUUUCUGGGGUGGAGCCUGAGUCCUCCUCGCCCUGCUGCGGGCAGGGAGCAGCCUGGGGCACCCUCGCAUCAGCACCCUUUGGGACGGGGCUGGGUGUGAGGCUGGUCCUGUCCCCAGCCCUGCAGCCAGGGCAGCUCCCAGUGCUGAAGGCAGAGGCCAGCAGGGAGCAGUCACUGCCCCUGCAGCCCCCUGGGCUUGUUGGGGAGGUUGGGGGCCGUGCAGACACCCUGAUUUCCAGCAUGGGCUGCCCCCUGUUCCUCCUCGCUGCAGGGGGGGCUGAGCUGGGGCAGGGGAAGGGGUGGGAGCACCAUGAGCCUGCCCCAGGCUUUACUCGAGCUGUGUGAGCAGCACCCUGGGCUUGCAUCUCUGCAGGAUGCACGUGCAGAAAUAAUAAAGGGAAGGCGCUGCCUCGGUCUGCUGGGGUCGUGGCAAAA